AUGGCAAGCCCUUCAACGUUCCUGUCGCUCGUUAUCAGUGCAGUACUAAUCAGCAGCAUCGCGAGGCCCGUUUCAGGCGCCCCUUUUGGCGGACACGCUUGGGAAGACGUUCCGGGGCGGGAUCGGGAUGAUAGACCAUUUUGGCUCGCUCACUAUGGGCCAGCCCAGGAUUAUUGCAAGGCGAAUUGGCGUCAACAUGGGCCCCUUUCCACAAUUACUGACACAGAAUACGAUGUCCAUACUAACCUAGUUACCGUCUCAUACUCGACCGCAGUUGUCACUGUCACCGACGAACCUGUGACGGUCACUGAGACCGAGAAUAGUGGCGCCAAGCACCAAGGGAAGAGAUAUGCGAAGCGGCAAGCAAACACCGUGGACCACCACACCCCAGACAAGCUUGGGGACCACCACACCCCAGACAAGUUGGACCACCACACCCCAGACAAGUUGGACCACUACACCCCAGACAAGUUGGACCACUACACCCCAGACAACUUGGACUCCAACGUCGCAGAUACCUGGACCUCUAACACUCAGCCAUCGACUACUUGGACCUCAACCAAGGCAUCGUCUACCACUGGAGCAACAACUAAGCCCUCGUCCACCACCGGAGCUACUACGCAUCUACGACUGGUGCGACAACAAAGUCCUCCACCACGGCAGGAACGACCAAUUCGACCACGGUAG